AAAAUUUGAUUAAGGUGGACAAAUUUUAUUACGAUGGGUGACAAUGGUUACAAGGACCCAAAAUUAUUUUUUAAAAUUUAACUCGAACAAAUAUAUUCGAUUCGAUUCGAUUCGAAUUUCAUCUCACUCGACUCGAUUCGAGAAAACUUCAAAUAAAUUUAGGAUGAUAAAAUGAGAUUCGAAAACUCGAUUAACUCGAAAAUUUUCGAUUCGAUUCGAUUCGAUUCUAUUCGAUCGAAUGCUCACCCCUAACUUUGGAGCAAGUUCCUUGGAUGGCGAUUGGGGAUUUCAAUACAAUCCUAUCUCCUAGUGAAAAAAGGUGGACUUUUUAAUGGGAGGAGAUGCCCCCUAUUUGGUGAGUUAGUAGACACGAAUGAGCUGCAAGAUUUGAGGGUUUGAGGGUUAUCCUUUUACAUGGCACAAAGGUGGGCUUUUUGAUAGAUUAGACCGUGCGUUAGGGAACGAUGGAUGAGUGAAAGUUUUCCCUAAUAGUUUGGUUACCUAUCUCCCAGAGAUUAAAUCUGAUCAUAGACCCCUUAUUCUUUACUUAAGGUCGGAGAUCAACAUGCCUAGAGGUUGGUCAUUUCGUUUCUUGGCUAGAUGGGUCGAACACCCAAAGUUUGUUGACUUUAGAUGAGUUUGGAUGGGCGGUGCGUUUAUCUGCUGUUAGUGUAAAAACAGCAGUGGCGAUGAGAUUAGAUACUAUAGUGAUACUGUAGCGUGAGACAAAAAGUAAGCUAAACGCACCGCACCGCACCCAAUCGCCCAUCCAAACCCACCCUUUGUGCAAGAUAAGCGGAGGUUCAAUAGAGAUAUGUCAGCUGCGCUCGCUCAGUUUACAGAUAAUAUAAAUGAGUGGAACAAAUUAGUGUAUAGUCAUAUCACCACUCGCAAGAGACAAUUUCCUAACAAAUUGUCCGGUAUUCAAUGGAGGAUGAACAAAUUGUUAAAAAUUUGUUGUGGCAAAUUAAAGUCUUUUCGGCACUUAACGAGCUUGCAAAAGACAAUUGCUUAACUUAGGGAAUAAAUUGUAAAAAUUUAGACUAAAUUGAAUAAACAUAAAACGGCUCUAGGUGCAUAAUUAGAUAAAUGAGAUUGAGAGGAGACCAUGCUGAGUAUGUAUUCGAUCGUCCCUAUUUGGUCUAGUGAGAUCAAGAGAUAAUUUGGAAUAAAUCGUCUAAUUGGGUAAACUAGUUAUCGAGAGGUAAAAUUGAACCAAUUAAUAAAUUUAACAAUUUAGGGCCCUAAAUUGAGAAUUAAUUAGUGAAAUGGAUAUUAAUCAACUACUCUUUUAUUCUUUAAUUUUUAUGUGAAUUUGUAUUUUUUGCAGUUUAAUUCUUUAGUUUAUAAUUUAGUUCAAUUCAACCUUUAAAUUGCAAUUUAAGUGAUUGUCAUACUAUUCUAUUUAGCCAUUAGCUAACUAGACUCUUUAAUUGCAUGCUUUAUCACUAUUAAUUCAUUGAAUCACUCAAUCUCCUUUGGGUUCAGUUCUCAAAAUGCUUCAUGUUCCAUUGAAACACAAACAUAUUACAAGUAGACCUGCGACACUUGCAGAACAUCGCAUUUUACUUUAUUUGUUUGUAAUUUUCUUAGCUCGGUGUACGUAUGUCGAGGCACGAUUAAAUUGUUGGCACCGUUAUCGAGGAGAUUUUGUGUGUGAUGGUUGAAUUUUUGUUUAUAUUUGCAUGCAUGUUAGGAAGAUAAUUAGUGACAUCUAAAAUUAUAGAUACAACAUUUUACUUUCUUUUGUGCAUUCUUUUAUUUGUUUUUUUUUUUUUUGUUUUUUUACAAUGUUUUACUUAGUUGCUUUAUUUGUUUUUGUGCAUUAAUUAAAUUCUUUCAUUUUGUUCAAUGGCUUUGAGUAUGAUAGUGGUAGAUAAUUAGGAUUCUAUGUGUUUUUAGUGUUUUUUUUUUAAUUUGCAUUAUGACUUCACUAUUCGAUUAAAUGUUAUUUGACAGAAAUCAACUUCAUUCUAGUAUCACUACUCUGCGGAUUAACAGUCCGCAUUUCGAGAUAAACCUGGCUUUGGUAACAUGAGUAUCGUCUAAUUUGCAAUUUUGCAAUGUUGAAGCAAAAUACCCAAUAGAAUUUCUUCAACGAUUUGAACAUCUAUGUAACACUGUAGUAUAUGCGGGAGUUUCGAAUAUGACAAUAUGUCUUUUAUUGAUUCCAUUUUAUUUGGAAGGAAAAGCAAAGGAAUGGUUAGAAAUGUUGCCUCUAGAAACUAUUACUACUUGGGAAGAAUUUAUCCAGUUACUCCUUCAAAUGAAUAUUCUAAUGAUGAUUGUGCUCGUAACAUAUGACGGAUUAUUCAAGUUCAAAUAGAAAAAUAUUGAGAUGAUAGGUCAAGCUUGGGACAUGUUCAAGAGUAUACUCCGAAGAUUAAUUGGGAAUGGUGUUGAUAAGGUCAUUCAACUGCAAUAUUUUUACAAAGGGUUGGAUGUUAGCAAUAAGGUUCAAUUUGACGUCAUAUCUGGAGGGAGCAUUUGGACUAAAAUCACUCAUGAUAUAAUUGUGCUUCUAGAUAACGUUAGUAGUAAUGAUACGGCUUGAGAGAAUAGUCAUAUUAAUACUUUGGAACUGGUAGCAGAAGCGAAGGACAAAGGUUAAUACAGUGAGCAUUAUUAGUGAACCGGAUACGAUGAGUCUAAGGCUGCUUGAACAAAGGGAGAAUGAUUCAGUAGAGGAAUUGGUGGAAUGUGAUAAGGAGCGUUAAGAAUAGAUUACAAUCCAAUUUGGUAGGCUCACCACCAAACUUAUGUUUGGUUGGUUAUAAUGGCCUAUUACGACUUGCAUUGAUUCAGGGUUUAUUCCAGGAAACGGCUGCAUAGGCAUUCCCUUCCCCCACCACUGAAUGGCCAUUCAAUCUGAUGGAAUAGGGAAAUUUUUUUUCUCAUUUUCAAUUUUUUCCCUCACCUUUAGUCAGAGUAAGAAAAGGCUGAGUUGCAAGCGAAAGUGACGACCAAGUGCUUCUUUGAUGUUGAAAUCAGUGGUAAAGUUGUUGGCAAAAUCGUUAUGGGCCUUCUUGGGGAUGCUGUUCCUAGAACUGUUGAGAAUUUUCAUGCCCUCUGCACACACAAGCUAGGCUGAAUCUUCUACAUUUACUUAUGUUUUUGUUUUUUCCUUAAUAUUUUCCUUAAUUAGGUCAACAUUUUUUAUUUUUAUGGAUCCAUUGGACAGUGUUUUCAUUUAUGUUUCACCAGUCUUGUUUAAGUUUACUGAUUCAUCGUUUACAUUGAUAAUUUGAUAUCUAUAUGCUAUUAGUGAGCAAUCAUCAACGGUUAUUUGCUUAUUGCUGCAAGUGGAGGACUAAAUCAACAAAAAAUAGGAAUGGUGAGCCUUGGGGCAUGGUUGAUUGAUAUGUGCCAAGAAAGAUAUGAAGUUAGGGAAAAGAAGAGUUCUAAUAAGAAACCAAGGGGAUUGAAGGCCAUGAGGGGUAUGGAAAGUGAUUCAGAUUGAAGAUACAUUAAUGGUAGCAACAGAGCCCUUUUUCUUUUCUGGUAUCUUUAGCGGAAUAUUUUUAGACUUGAUGUUAAUGAGUUAGGGAAAAAUAUAGAGAAGUUAGAACAGAGGUCUGCUUGCUAGGGUUUGUUUGGUAUUUUUCAUAUAUAUAUAACAAUGAGAAUAAUUAUUUUUUGAACUAAUUUUUGUAAAUUUGGCAACUAUAAUCCCAUGUGAUUAUGUUUUGUCCUUCAUAUUAGGCAUGUAGUAAGAUACGACAGUAGGCUUGAUAAAAGAAAUUAUGUUAAAUUCGAUGGCCGGAAUCACCCAUAUAACAAAAGGGAAGUGUGUGUAGGAUGAAAGGGUAGCAUUUGUGUGCAUAGAUUCCCCUUACAAAAUCUCGAAGAUACAUCCUUUCCCUAUAGAUGAACCAAAUAUAAAUCAAAUUAUAUUAAGAAUGUUAUUAAAUUAUAUAUUAUCAUUUUUAUUAAAUUUUAUUUAAUAAUAAUUAUAUUAAAAUAUGAUUAAAUUAUAUUUAAUAAUAAUCCUAUUAAAAUUUAAUAAUAACAAUAAUCAAUUACCUACAAAAAAAUUCUGCUAAGAAUAUUUAGCUCAUUUAAGUUAUUUUCCUUUUAAUAUUACAACAUCUAUUCAAUCAAACAUUAAAAUACAUAAGAAUACUAUUAUUCCAAUUUCAUUUAACUAAAUAAAUUAAUUAAUAAUUGUAACUCUAUUGUAUUAUACUCCUAUUCCAUUCCCCUCCUCCCUGUAAGUGUCCGGUCCAGUUCAUUGCAAACUGUUUUUAGUCAACCAACUUGUACAAUUUCGACGAGGAUUCAUUAUGAUUUCACAUGUAAAUGAACAUAAUUUCCAAAUCUAAAACAAAUAUUUGACUAAAAGACUUGGAAUCCUUUCAGCAAAAAUUGUCAAAUUUUACCUUAUGUAAUCCCACAGAGGAGUUGGAGGAUAUAUUUGUAUACAGUCUCCACUUAAUCAAAACAAUACCUUCAUCAGUUCUCACAAAACCUUUUUUUUUCAGUCAGUGGAAGAAACACCAAAACGAAUGAAGCUUUUUGCUUCAGAAUCAUUUUUGCUGAUGAGCUCAGCUUCUAGUUUUGAUUUUCUCCUGAAACCCAUUUUCCUUCAUGGCUUUUCUGCUUCAUUACACCUAGUUUUACUGCUUUUCUUGUCACUCUUAUGGGCCGUGAACAGAGUUAAAGGAACUGGCAGGGAAAGUUCGAUGAAGACGUUGAAACAAAGGAAGGUUCUGUGGUACAACCAAACUUUAGCUUGUUGUGUUGUUGUUUCAGCAUUUAAUGUUGUCUUGUUUUUGCUAAGUUGUUUUUGUUGGUAUAGAAACGAUUGUUCUGUGGUAAAGUUAGUGAUACUUUCUGAUUUUGUGGUAAAAUUACUUGCUUGGUGUGCAAUGUGUGUUUUUUUGCAUUGUCAAUUCUCCAACUCUGGUGGACAAAUGGAGUUCCCAUUUUUGUUGAGAGUUUGGUGGGGUUUUUAUUUUUCAAUUUCAUGUUAUUGUCUUGUUAUAGACAUUGUUCUUUUCACAAAACAAGUUCCUUUCCCAAGCCAGUAUUUAGUAUCCGAUGUUGUUUCUGUUGUUACUGGUUUGUUCCUUUGUAUUGUGGGGUUUUUGGCUAGAAAUGAGGGUGCAAAGGCCCUCCUUCAGGAGCCCCUAUUGGACGGUGAUUCUAAUGUUAGUAAUGGUAUAAACUUGAGUAGGAAAAGAGGCAGUGAUACCAUAACCCCAUACUCGAAUGCUGGUAUUUUCAGCAUUCUUACAUUUUCUUGGAUGGGGCCUCUUAUUGCUGCUGGCAAUAAGAAAACUUUAGACCUUGAGGAUGUUCCUCAGCUAGAUAGCCAUGAUAGUGCAGUUGGGGCUUUUCCAAAUUUUAAAAACAGGCUUGAAUCAACUGACAGUGAGGGGAAUGGAGUUACCCUGCUUAAGCUGGUGAAGGCAUUGUUCUUGUUAGCUUGGAAAGAUAUUCUCACAACAGCUUUGUUUGCAUUUCUGUCCACUGUGGCCUCGUAUGUUGGCCCAUAUCUCAUUGAUACUUUUGUUCUGUACCUGAAUGGGCAAAGAUUGUUUAAUUAUGAGGGGCAUCUUUUGGUUACGGCUUUCUUUGUUGCAAAGCUAGUCGAGUGCAUAUCACAGAGGCACUGGUUUUUUAAGUUGCAACAGGUCGGGCUUAGGCUGAGAGCUGUUAUGGUAGCAAUGAUUUAUAACAAGGGUUUAACACUCUCUUGCCAGUCAAAGCAGUGCCACACCAGCGGGGAGGUCAUCAAUUUCAUGACUGUUGAUGCAGACCGGGUCGGAGAGUUUUGUUUUUACAUGCAUGAUCUUUGGACAGCUGCUAUGCAAGUUGUUUUGGCUUUAUUGAUCUUGUUUAAAUACCUUGGUCUGGCUUCCGUCGCUGCUUUUGUUGCAACUGUUCUUGUUAUGUUGGUAAAUAUCCCAUUGGGCAAAGUACUAGAGAAACUUCAGGAGAAGUUGAUGGAAUCGAAAGAUAAAAGGAUGAAUGCAACAUCUGAAAUUUUGAGGAACAUGAGAAUUCUCAAACUUCAGGGGUGGGAAAUGAAGUUUCUGUCCAAGAUUAUCGGGCUUAGGAAUGUCGAGGAAGGAUCAUUAAAAAGAUUCAUUUAUACGAAUGCCAUUAGUAGUUUCUUUUUCUCUAUUGCACCCUCGGUUGUGUCUGUAUCCACAUUUGGUGCUUGUAUCCUUCUAGGAGUCCCACUUGAGUCAGGCAAGAUCCUAUCUGCACUUGCAACAUUCAGGAUUCUUCAAGGGUCCAUCCACGCUCUCCCUGAAACAAUUUCGAUGAUCGCUCAGACAAAGGUGUCUCUUGCUAGAAUUGCUUCCUUUCUUCAGCUUGAUGACUCGCAGCCUGAUGUUAUAGAGAAGCUUCCAAGAGGAAGCUCGGAUACAGCAGUUGAGGUUGUUGAUGGGAAUUUUUCUUGGUACUUCUCGUCUACUGCGACACUAACAAAUAUAAAUUUGAAAGUUUAUCAUGGUAUGAAGGUUGCUGUUUGUGGCACAGUUGGCUCCGGCAAGUCGAGUUUACUUUCCUGCAUUUUGGGGGAACUACCCAAGAUAUCUGGCUCUCUUAAGUUGUGUGGUACAAAGGCCUAUGUUGCUCAAUCACCUUGGAUUCAAAGUGGCAAGAUUGAGGAGAAUAUAUUGUUCGGAAAGGAGAUGGAUCGAGAGAGGUAUGACAGAAUACUUGAAGCUUGUGCCCUCAAAAAGGAUCUUGAAAUCCUGCCAUUUGGUGAUCAGACCGUUAUUGGUGAGAGGGGAAUCAAUUUGAGCGGUGGACAGAAGCAAAGAGUACAGAUUGCGCGUGCUCUGUACCAAGAUGCCGAUAUCUAUCUCCUUGAUGAUCCUUUCAGUGCUGUGGAUGCUCACACAGGAUCUCAUUUAUUCAAGGAAGUUUUGCUAUGCAGUUUGAUUUCGAAAACAGUGAUAUAUGUCACUCAUCAAGUUGAGUUUUUACCAGCUGCUGAUCUUAUCUUGGUUAUGGAAGAUGGAAGGAUUACACAAGCUGGAAAGUAUUAUGACAUUCUCAAAUCAGGGACCGAUUUUAUGUUCCUUGUGGGUGCACAUAAGAAAGCUUUGUCAGCCAUUGGUGCUGUUGAGACCGGAACUGAUUCAGAACAAAGUAGGAGUGAAGGUCUUAAAGGGGAUGGUGGUUUGGAAAGUGCUCAGGGUAAUGAGAGUGAUAAUAUAGAAGAUGUUGGACCAAAAGGACAACUUGUUCAAGAAGAGGAACGAGAGAAAGGAAAAGUCGGGUUUUCCAUCUAUUGGAAAUAUAUCACAACAGCAUAUGGAGGCUUUCUGGUCCCUCUGGUGUUGCUGGCGCAGAUUCUCUUUCAGACUUUCCAAAUUGGUAGCAAUUACUGGAUGGCUUGGGCCUCUCCCACGUCUGCCGAUGUCGAACCUCCAGUUGGGAGCUUUACACUAAUAAUUGUAUAUUUAGUUUUGGCCAUUUCAAGUGCCUUUUCGGUCCUUGCCAGAGCCAUGCUUCUUAGUACAGUCGGAUACAAAACAGCGACUCUUCUCUUCAAAAAGAUGCAUUCCUGCAUAUUCCGUGCUCCUAUGGCUUUCUUUGAUUCCACACCUAGUGGAAGAAUUCUAAACAGAGCUUCUACAGAUCAAAAUGCUGUGGAUUUGAGAAUUCCAUACCAAGUAGGGGGAUUUGCCUUUUCGGUUAUCAAUCUACUUGGAAUCAUUGUUGCCAUGUCUCAGGGUGCUUGGCAGAUAUUUAUCAUUUUUAUCCCUGUCAUUGUUACCUGCAUUUGGUACCAGGUGUUACAACUAUCAGGUGCUUUGAUCAAGAAUCAAGAUUCCAAGAGACAAACUUGACAUUGAAUGACUCCUAUUCUCGUCCAAAAUUUCAUGUUUCUUGUGCAAAGGAAUGGCUGUGCUUCCGCCUGGACAUGUUGUCUUCUAUUACUUUUGCUUUUGGUCUGUUCAUUUUGAUCUCCGUACCAAAGGGAGUUAUUA